AUGCUGUCGCCCUCAGAUAUCGCCACGAUUCCAAUAACGAUCAACUCGUACGGUCCAGAUGUCGCCCGAGCCAAGAAAUACGUCUAUUUGUCCGGGGCCGCCUACUGUUUCAACAUUCCCGCCUGGAAAUGUCCGUACUGUAAGAAGUCGCAAAGUUUUGGGUAUGACUUCGAGUCGCUAAUUGUCAACAAGGAGGCCAACACGCUGGCUUUUAUCGCGAUUAACAAGGAGCUCAAGGAGAUCGUGGUUUCGUAUCGUGGAACGCUAAAUGUCGCGAACGUGGUGCAUGAUAUCCACCCUUCCGUCGUGAGCAUUGAGGCGGGUUCCACUUCUCUCGAGAGGGGAAAGAGCAAAGGACCCGAGAUGUGGGUCCACACGGGCAUGAUUAACGCGACUAACUCCCUCUACCCGGAAGUAGUGGAAAAAUUGGACAAGCUUUUGAGAAAGCAUAACGAUUUUGAGUUAGUGGUGAUUGGUCACAGCCUCGGCGCGUCUGAAGCCUCUCUGACCCUUUUCCUGCUACGAGAAGAACUGGGGCUUCCCAAAGAUUUUCCUAAACCGAAAUCCUACGCAUAUUUCGGUUACGGCACUCCCCGCGUGGGAAACCAGGCUUAUGCGGACUACUGGAACGCUCAAGCAAUGCAAAUUACCCGGGUCGUAAAUAAGGCGGACUUUGCCGCCUAUACGCCCCAAGCUCUGGGUGGGUACGUUCAUAACGGGAACGAAUUGUGGAUCAUGCCGACCGGAGGAGAAAGAGUGUGCUCCAAGGAGGUCUACGAAGAUCCAUAUUGUGCGAAUUCACUCGCCGGGUUGUCGAAUGUGCAUGACCAUUUGCAUUAUUGGGAUGUCCACUUUUUAUCGUGCGCAGGAGCAGAUCCGGUCGCCACGGCGAAACAAUUCGUCAUUGAUAUGCCUUCAUGA